AGCGCAUAGGAGACGGACUUGUAAACAUUUCCAGCGUGUGUGUACUUGCCAAGCACCGAGCUAACCGGGUGGCGCUCGCGCUCGCGGUUCUUUAUGCUCGAUGCGGUAACUUGCAGGCAUGGGUUCAGGAAACGUGAGAGGAGUCCAUGUCAGCGAGCCGACUGGAGCAGCUCACACACUGACUCAGCUUGCUGCCGUUUUCACAACUAGUACACGUUAACUCACCCUGUCACCUCGUCAGACCAGCCUUUAGUGAAGAUAUGAAAUUACUCUUCCUUGCUUGUCUCAGCCCCAAAACUGGAAACCACACUACAGCUGAGAGAAUAAGGUCCCACAUUGAAUCAGCAGGACACACCUGUGAGCUCAGAGAUGCAGCUGCAUUUCAGUCUCCUGCUGAGGUGGCACAUCUAAUAUCUCGACAUCCUCCAUUCGAGGGUGCACUGGCCAUCCAUCUGCACAGAGCAGGCAGCCUUCUCUUGGACAUCCAAGUACCCUUUGGCGUUAUCUUUGGCGGAACAGAUAUAAAUGAAGAUGUGAAAGUUGAGCAGAAGCGUGUGGUUAUGGAGCAGGUGCUACUCAAAGCCAGGUUUGCGGUUGCAUUUACGGACCAACUGAAAGAAGAGGCAGAGUUAUUUUUGCUUUCCCAGAGCAGUAAAAUCUACGUCCAGCCCCAAGGAAUCCAGACGGAAGUGAGUGAGAAAUUCCACUGGGCUGAAUUCUUGAGGAGCUCAGGUGUGAUGGGUGAGCAUGUGGAGGAGCUGCAUGUCUUCCUGUUGGUCUGUGGUCUCAGGAGAGUCAAGGACCCCCUCUACCUGGUGGAGAUGUUUUCAGAGUGGCAUCGUGAGAACCCGCUGAAUGUGUUGGUUGUCAUUGGGCCACGGUAUCUGUUCUUUCUUUCAAACAUUGAUGUCAGGCAAAAGAUCGAUCCUGUGUUUACCGUUGAAGUGGAAGCUGUUGUUAAAAAAGCAGCCGGGGUCUUCUUGGCCCAGGAGAGGAGCCAACGGGAGCUUCAUGCUGCCAUGAGGAGGUGCUUCUCCGUGGUUAACAGCUCCGUCUCAGAGGGCAUGUCAGCGGCCAUCUUGGAGGCCAUGGAUCUCGGGGUCCCCGUGUUGGCCAGGGACAUCCCAGGGAAUGCUGCCGUAGUGCGCCAUGAGGUCACUGGCCUGCUGUACUCGUCUCCUCAGGAAUUUGUGCAUCAAUCUCAGAGGCUGUUGUCAGAGCAUGAUCUGAGAGACAGGCUGGUGAGGAAUGGGAAGCUGUACGUGGAAGAGCAUCACUGCCUGAAACGGGAGAGAGAAACCUACCGGCGGCUGGUGGACAGUCUGCUCUGCGCGUAAGGUCACAGCCGUCAACCCCUCUGCAUACUUUCUCAGGAACGGCAACGACGGAGAGCAGGUCAUUACUCCAGCUUAUGCAUAGGUCAAAUUAUCAGCGCUGUCUUUUUUCCAGUCUUGUAAGAAAUCAAGCUACAAAGACAUUGUACAGAAUAAAGCACUUUGAACCAAAGACCCAGAGUAGUGUUAAUAUAUUUCAUGUAUUUGAAAGUGAUGAUGUAAUGUUAUUUAUGGUUAAUAUAUUACGGUGUGAGUAUAAAAAGACAUUGAUUCUCUGUUCACGCAUUCUACUUAAUAAAAGCGCCAUAUAGCUCCAUCA